AUGAGUCUCCUUCUAAGCUUUGUUCGUCCAGUGCAAGGGUAUAAUUUCCCCACUGUGUUGGGAAGGAAGCUUUUACUACGCCGACAAAUUGCAUCUUCAACCGUGCCGCCACAGCAGCUUGUGCAACCAAGUGGUUGGACGACGAGAAAGCGACAACAAUAUUAUCGUUUUGUGCAACGACAUCCUUUCUCCUCCGCCACCAAUAGCCCUGAAAUUGCUACUGUGCCAGAUGAGUUUGAACAGUGCUGGAGGACGACAAGUCAAAUGGUGAAUCCAAAUAGGGAUCCAAACAUGGACGCAAUAUUGCAAGGACUGAACUCUCCAGCCCCACAAUCCUUUUACAUUCUCCAACGCGCCAUGAAGGAGAUUUCUUUAACAGCCGACUCGGCAUCCUUUGUGGAAAAUGCUGUCCAGGAAUGCAGUUAUCUGGUCAAGCCUGGGUGGCAGCUAGUCGUCCAAAAACCGGGUUUACUGCAUCAUGCAUCCACUGCUGCUGCUGCUCCGUUGCAAUGGAAUCUAAUACCAUUGGAAGAAUCAACAUCAUCAAAAGACGACUCCUCGUCCGAUGAUUCAAUCAUUGUAACGGAAGGUUCCGGUGGACCAAAUGCCUGUCAAUUAUCCACCCAAGCUCUAAACAUGGUAUCCAAGGCUGCUGACUCUCAGCAACCGCUCGAUACGAACGCGUUGGAUGACUUGGUGGCUGCCAUGGAACGACGAAUUCGAUUUUCAUUGGGCACGGAUAUUCGUGGAAGAACCUCGGCCGACAUGGCCUUCAACCUGUGCCUUGCUGGAAUUGACAAUGACUUUUUGUAUGCUUCCUUGGUCAAGGUGGCCAAAUUGGAAAUGGAACGAAUCGGUCAACGCCCGUCGCGAAAAAGUCGAGAUGUCUUGCACGUGGUCGAAAAGUUGGCAGCCUCUGGCAUCAAGGGACCAGAAGUAGAAGAAGUAUAUCAAUUGGCCGCCAAGAGCCUUCAAGCCAAGGAAGAAUAUCCCGAGGUUGUAGAGCAACUGUUGUCCUCGCCUUUUGGUAGUUUGGACCUGCUCUCGCCCCGUCCAUUGCUUUGGCUGUGGAGAUACUCCUCCCGUUUGCAAAAACCUGCUUCCAAGGAAUCAUCACCUGCUCGCAAUCACAUGUUGUCAUGGAACAACAAGUUUGAGGAUACUUCCAAGCCGUUGGUGGUGGAUAUUGGAUGUGGAUUGGGUGUAUCACUCCUUGGUCUGGCAUCAUUGCAACAAGCACCGUCGUCCACUGCCUCACCAUCAUCAUCAUCAUCAUCAUCAUCAUCAUCAUCAUCAUCAUCAUCAUCAGCACAACAGAUGAUACCACUCGACUGGUCCAAUUGCAAUUAUUUGGGCGGCGACUUGAGCGAAGCCACCGUCCGGUUUGCCAAUACCAUUGCCCACCGAUGGGAUCUGUCCACCAAGUUGCGAUAUGCCCAGCUAUCGGCCGAGGAGCUGUUGGACGAUGUGAUGACUCAUUAUCCAGGCCCAGUGUCCCUGAUUAUGAUUCAAUUUCCCUCACCCUGGCGGCUUCCCAAAAAAGGUAGUGGUGGUGGUGGUGGUGGAAACUCGCAGCUUGCAUUGGGACCGGACGAUGACAAAUUUAUGGUUUCCAAAGCACUCAUGGCCAAGAUUGCAAAAGUCAUGCAGUCCAAAAAGAACAACAACAAGAAGAAUGGUGAUGAUGGUUGCUACUUUCUCUUGCAAACCAACUGCGAAGACGUGGCGUUGGUCUUGCGAGACCGUGCCAAGGAAUUUGGAUUGACCUUGGUUCCAUCCUUGGACCCAGUACUACUAGUGGCUAGCAAGGAUGAUGAUGAACAAGAAGGACACCUCCGCAUUCCCGAACGUACCGUGGAAUGGCUCAAGUUGAAUGACGGCGACACGGAGCGAGCCGUUGGUCCGGAAUGGUCUCGUACACCUUGUCUUCCGCCCAAGUGUGCCACAGAGACAGAGGUCGCUUGUACGAUUCAGGGUACUCCAGUCCAUCGCUGUCUAUUCAAGGUGGAAUAA